AUGGCCUCGGAAAGACAACGAGCGACAAAUAACCUACGGAUAAAAAGUUUCAAUCAACAUGUUGGUGCCCUCGUUGCUUCCCUUGGUGGUUUUGGUCUCGGGGUUUCGCUUGGUUGGUGUUCAAGCGUCACAGAAGGUAUGAGGAUCAAGUUUAUCGCCACCAUUAUGGAGAUAGGAAUUAUAGGUAACGUUUUAAGCGUUGGUGCUUGUCUGGGAGUCGUAUUUGCUGUUUGGACCUUCAAAUUUCACCAUUGGAUCAAUGGAAUUAUCAAGAUUUUACUUUACGUCAUCGGUUGGUCGAUAAUCAGCAUAGGAAAUGAAAACAUUUUUCUGAUAAUAACGGGUCGUUUAAUAUGCGGAAUUUCCGGUGGCAUGUCUUGUCUUUUGACACCACUUUUCAUCAGUGAAAUAACAGACCAGAAAAGCCGCAAUCGUCUGUUGACUUUAUUUCAGCUUUUAAUAAAUUGCGGAAUCAUGUACGCCUUCUUGAUGGCUCACUGUCUUGAUGGGGGUAACAUAAUAUGGAGAUAUAGUUCAAGCUGCGGAGCCAGUUGCUUGAUACUCGUGCUGCUACUUUUUAUCCCGGCAACUCCGUUCCAUCACCUAGCUGUCGAGAAGGAUGAAACUCGAGCGAAAAAUUCUUUACUUUGGUAUCGUAACAACAGGGAUGAAAACGAUCACGAGAUGGAAGAACUUAGACAGCUGGCAACCCUAAGAAAAACGACCAAGAUGACGAUUGGUCUUAUGAAAAAUCGACAAGUUCUACAUUCUUUCCUAAUGUGUUUUGGCGUGAUGAUGAUACAACAAUUUAGCGGGUUCAGCACAUUUAUCACUUAUGCUCUGACAAUUUUCGAAACUCAAGGUUCAGGAUUACUCAACGGAAGUGAAUUAACACUUGUUGUUGCACUCGUACAGAUAUUAUCUUCCAUUCUGGCGUAUAUGCUUAUUGACAUACUAGGACGACGAAUUCUGUUAACCAUAUCAUCCGCGUUCAUGGGAGUGUUCCUGGCACUGUUGGGAUGGUUUUUCGGUAAAAGAUUAGAAGAUCCGGAAUACGAUGACUGGUAUUGGUGGAUGCCACCGGCAUGGAUCAGUCUAUAUUUCCUAUCACUAAAUUUGGGUGUAGCACCAAUAUCCUGGGCACUUAUAGCAGAUUCCUUUCCACAACAGAUAAAGCUUAUUGGUGCGGCAUUCGCAGCUCUCUCUAAUUGGAUCCUUUCGGUCAUAGCGAUGAUAGUAUUUAGUUCAUUGCAAACGGACGAUAAUAUUAGAAAAGCUGUAUGGUUAUUUGCUAUUGUAUGCUGGUUUGGUGCCAUCUUUUGUGCAAUCCUAAUCAAGGAUAACGGAAGGAAAAGCAUUUACGAAAUCGAAAAAGAAUUUCGAAUUGACGAUGGAAUCAACGAAAUUAAUGAAAAUGUUACCGUUCGUUGAACAAAUUCGUUUGCUAUGCUUUUUAAAACAUUUCACGCGUGUUUCGUACGAAAUUAAAUACGAAGUAGAAGUAACGGUGAAGCUUUCGAACUAUCAUUAGA